CUUGUGAACUUGGCAUCUUGCACGUAACAGCGACUAGAUCUACUAAACGAUAUGAUAUCGUUCUUCUCGAAACUGUCGUUGAAGAACUCAGAAACGCCGGCUGAAGAAUUAGCUAAACCUGCGUAUAUGGACAAAAGUGCUACAUUGCAGGAGCUCGGGUACAAAGACGAUAAUGACCUGAGAGAGACAAUAUAUGGUUUGUUUUGAACAUUUUCGAGUGCUUUGGGACUGUUUUUAAAGGGAUUUUUCGUGGUUUUAACCAGUGUUGUGGUGUUCUAGACUUUUUGCGGACAAUACGGGACCCAGAGAAGCCGAAUACGUUAGAGGAUCUCAAGGUUGUUUAUGAAGAAGGAAUAUUUGUUAAGGAGCCCACAGCUGAUAAAGUUCCAGUUCUACGGGUGGAGUACAAUCCCACGGUGCCCCACUGCUCACUGGCGACACUCAUUGGACUAUGCAUUAGAAUUAAAAUAUUGAGAUCAAUACAUCACCCUGUGAAAUUAGAUAUUUUUAUAAAGAAGGGAGCUCACACAACAGAAGAUGAAAUUAACAAGCAAAUCAACGACAAGGAGAGGAUUGCAGCCGCGAUGGAAAAUCCUAAUUUAAGGAACCUCGUAGAAAACUGCAUCGCUGACGAAGGAUAAAGAAAUAUUAGAGUAAAUUAAAAACUUUAGAUCGAGUUCGUAGUGUUGUUUAAAAUAUAUUAUCAUAGAAAACAUGGCGCCAGAUGCAGCUUUUUCAAAUAUAAGUGACAAGAAUGAGUUCACGAAAUUCGCUAAAUUCCUCGCCUAUAAAGGUGUUCAAGUAAUCGUUGAAUCGAGGAAAGGUGUCAAAAUUGAGCCGAACAGCAAAAUGAACACAUCAGAUUCUGAUUGGUUCAACCUUCAGAUACCAGAUUCGCCUGAGGUCAAUCAGGCAACCAAAAAUGCCCUACCUUCGGAUAGAAUACUGGAAACAAUUAAGUCACAACUUCACGUUGAGAUAUCCGUACAAACUGAGGAUGGAGAUGAAAUGGUCCUGGAGUUAUGGACUUUGGAACUAGACGAUACACAAUUUGACACGUCGCUGAAAGCUAUGAACACAGUAUACUUUCGAAUGGGUAUCCUCCUAAAGUCGUUGAUAACUAUAACAAGAAUAACCCCUGCAUAUCAUCUAUCUAGGAAGCAAAGGACAGAAUCAUUCACAAUAUUCUACAGAGUAUACAACGGGGAACCGAAACUUAAAACGCUGGGUGACUCGGUUAAGAAAAUCCAAGCAGGAUUAUUAAAAACACCUUUGGGUGGUUUAUGCUUUACCGUGUCAUAUAGAACUAACUUUUCGAUAUCGCCUAAUCGUUCUCAAACCGAUAAAACACUUCUGUUGAAGAGCGAUCACUUCGAAUUGAGUCCGAAACAUGUUAUUUUCGAAUCCAAAAAGAAAAAAGAAAAGGAACAUAAGUCGUCUCAAGUUGAUUUAAAUAAACCCCUCCGAUUACCGGCGUUCGUUGAUGAGGUACUUAUCCAACAAGUUAUCAAAGAUUUUUUUGAGCAAAUACCGAUUCCAGUUUGCAGAGUGCGACCAAAACCGAAAACUCCAGAGGAAAUUGUAAUAGAUUGCAAAAGUACACAAGAGUUGGAUAUGAAUGCCAUGUCGAGGAGUCCGAAUUCACUGGAAUUGCCUCCGAAAAAGUUUCCUGGUUUCCGAAGUGAGACAGAGCCACCAUUAAAAUUACUACACUUUCCAUUCGCCGCUGACCAUCCUAUUCGCGAGCUGGCUGAAUUUUAUAAGGAUUUUUUUAAUGCUCCUCAUUUGAAGUUGGCUGAUGAUUACUCGACGAGGACUAUAACUACAGAUUAUCAGGAAGCUGAAAUUGCAAGCGACGACCUCUCAAAAGACCUGGCAUUACACGAAAGUUCGUUACUGGAAUUUGAUGAGUUGCUGGCCGACAUGUGUAGAUCAGCGGAGUGGAGUGGAAAUUAAGGGAUCAUUGGAAUAGUACGGUGUUGGAAGACUGAAUGUUAUUGAUUAUCAAAUAUAUGUAUUUAUUCCUUCAAAAUUCGUAUUUAAUUUACAAUAUAUAUCUAUCUAUACAUAUUUUUUCUUGAUAAAUUCAUUUAUGUAUUACUAUGUUCAAGACACGAUUCGUUUUUCUUACGUGUGGUAGAAUUAUCUACGGAAGUUUAGUCAGAAACUACCAUUGGCUUGCUAUUUCCUGGUCACAAGUCGAUACAACGGAUAGUAGGUAAAUUUUAUGAUGAUGAAAGAUUAGAAAGAUACUAAUGUACGUAAGAAAAAAGACUCGUAUUUUGAAUUUUGUAACCACUCUAUAGUAAUUUUAAGUACCUGACUGAAAUGGAAUUAAAGAUUGAAAAAUAAAUAAAGCGAUAAAGAACGUAGUUACGACAAAAAAAAAACAAUUUUUUUUUCUUUAUCUGUUGCUUUCUUUAGCCUAUUGUCAGUGUUUUGCUAUUUUAAAGUAUUGUUCUAUUAUAUUAUAUUUCAUUAUAUGAAUAAAUAGUUAGAUCUCAGUGUUAAGUUUGCUCAUGCAAUUAAUUGUAAAUUCUUUGUGGUAACGUAUUAGGAUUAAAUCAAUUUAGUUGAUAAAGACACGUUUCAUAUAGUUUAGCUUUAAAUAGCAGCAUUUGUAAUUUAAAAAAAACUAAGUAAUGUUUUGGCGGCAAUUUAAUUGUCACCCGUGUGUGCAUGUUUUUAUUCAUUCUAAAUUCAAUUCCUAAAUAUGAUAUCAUACUAAGAAGAGGAAUUAUAUAAAAGCUUGUAAAAAGAAUGGGGACCAGAAAACCUUAGAUGUCCAAGACAUGGUUGUCUAGACAUUGAUUUGAUUUUUCUAUUAAAUUAACUGUUUUUAUUCAGUUUUUAUUGGUUAUUAUUAACUAUGCCGGCUUAAUUUGUGUUAUUUGUCGUGGAACGACAUGAUUAUUUAGUAAUAAGCAAUUUAUUGACGAAUAAAUCGCCGAAUAAUCAAUUGAUCAAUCAACUGUUACAAGUUGACUAUUACGAUGACAUAUCCAAUGAAUUUCAAAAUGGCGGCAAUGUUUAUUAAUGAUAAUAUCAAAACUUAAAGUUAUUUUUCGGCCGAUUACCAGCUGUCGUUGUCGGAGUGAAUAAUAUGAUGUUAUGAUUAUGCCCAAAUUCUUUCCUUGAAAUAUAAAUUAUAGAGGUGUAAUUGAUCAGGUUUUCAAAUUACCUAUUAAAUUAUUACCAUAAACUGAUGGUAUUGUUAAAUAUUGGUUAUUUAAUUGAUUGAAUUGACUAGUGUUUGUAUGAACUUGUAAUGGACUUUAAGAAUUAAAUAUCUAGCUGAGAAAGAGGUAAAUUAAUUUUUUUUAAAGACAUUUAUAUCAUAAUUACAUGUUUUAUCGGUAUUUAACUAAGGCAUUGAAAUGUAUUUUAAAUAUAUAUUCUAUAUUUACGUUACUUUGUAAAUGAAUUAUUGUGUACUUUAAUUAAAAUACUUUAAUACUUGAAUGUAUCUACUUUUCAAAUAGAUUAAACUUUUAUGAAGUU